AAACUGCGGUGUGCCGGGUCGUUGGUGGCGCAGUCUUCGGUGAGUUUAGCUGUGAGCUCGUCGUGGGUGAGGGCGUCUUGGGCGAGCUUGGGGUGGCGGGGAGGGCAGACCCGGGACUGGAGGUUGAAGCAGGGUCGGGACGUGUGCUUCACUCGGCCCCGCGUCCCGAGGCGCUCUUGUCGUGCUCGACCCACAGCAACGCUGUUUUUACUUUUCUUCUUCCCUCCCCACUUCAGGAUCUCAAGCAGCCCUGGCUGGUCUUGAACUUGUUAUGUAGCAGGAGGCCAAAUUUGAGCAUCCUCUUGGCUUCUCUUUAUAGCAGAGAUUGUAGGCUGGAGACAGUUUUGAUGGGUGCCAACAUAAACUGAUUUCUGUAAGAGUUGAGUGUUUUAUGACCCUGGCGUGCAGAUUUAGGAUCUGGAUUAAGCCUGUUGACUUCUCCAGCUACUUAUAAAUUUUUGUGCAUAGGUGCCCUGGGUAAAGCUUGGUCUCUGUUACUGCGUAGUUUUUCCAGCCGUCCUCAAUGCCAAUAUCCUAAUAUUCAGGUCUCUCCCUUAGAGUAAUCCAGAAUGGCUACUCUUAUCUUUGUUGAUAAGGAUAAUGAAGAACCCGGCCGCCGUUUGGCAUCUAAGGAUGGGUUGAAGCUGGGCACUGGUGUCAAGGCCUUAGAUGGGAAAUUGCAGGUUUCAACGCCUCGAGUCGGCAAAGUGUUCAAUGCUCCAGCCGUGCCUAAAGCCAGCAGAAAGGCUUUGGGGACAGUCAACAGAGUUGCCGAAAAGCCUAUGAAGACUGGCAAACCCCUCCAACCAAAACAGCCGACCUUGACUGGGAAAAAGAUCACCGAGAAGUCUACUAAGACACAAAGUUCUGUUCCUGCUCCUGAUGAUGCCUACCCAGAAAUAGAAAAGUUCUUCCCUUUCAAUCCUCUAGACUUUGAGAGUUUUGACCUGCCUGAGGAGCACCAGAUCUCACUUCUCCCCUUGAAUGGCGUGCCUCUCAUGACCCUGAAUGAAGAGAGAGGGCUGGAGAAGCUGCUGCAUCUGGGCCCCCCUAGCCCUCUGAAGACACCCUUUCUAUCAUGGGAAUCUGGUAAGGGAGUCCGUUCAAACUCGGGCUGUAAGCAACUUGUCACAUGACACGUUUUUGUUGUCGGGACUGAAUUGUACAGGUGAGUCUCUGGGCAGCUUCGGGAUAUUGGGGCCAAGUUUAGAAUAAGAACUUCCCUCAGUCAUUGUGUAUGGUUGAGUCCCAAAAGAAGGUUUUCUGGAACCUUGGCCAGCCUUUGGUGAUAGCAGUGGGUGAAGUUGAACACAGAGCUGCUUAGGCUAGGAGUUGAAGUCUGUGGUAACUGAGACUGGAUGAGCACUCCAGGUUCCACCUGUGGCUGUCAGAGGACCAGUGUAGACUGACAGUAACUUGUCAACCACUGAAAGCUUAAGGCUUUAGUUAGAACGGGUGUGUGUGUGUGUGUGUGUGUGUGUGUGUGUGUGUGAGGGAGAGAGAGAGAGAGAGAGAGAGAAAGUGCCUCAAAUGAGAUGGGUUGCCGGUCUGAUUUUAUGAUUUUGUGAGACUUUAUGCUCAAGAGAACAAGUAGCUUUCGCGUAUUUUAAAGACCUGCUUCUUGACUACCCACACUGAUGCCGACACUGAUGCUACAUGUAAAAGAUCUGCAUGUGUGCGUGAGAUUCAUUAGAUGAAUGUAGGAUGAAAGUUAGCAGCUAAUGUUUGUUAUGGAUGAUGGCUAGAAAGGAAGUGCAGAAUCUAACGAGAAACUCCUCUUCUUCCAGAUCCGCUGUACUCUCCUCCCAGUGCCCUCUCCACUCUGGAUGUUGAAUUGCCGCCUGUUUGUUACGAUGCAGAUAUUUAAACUUCUUACUUCUUUGUAGUUUCUGUAUGUAUGUUGUAUUAAUAAAGCAUUUGUGCAUA